GGCCGCCCGCUGCCCACUCGCGCCCGCCCGGCCAUGGCGCGCGCGCUGGUCCUCGGCGUCCUGGUCCUCCUGCUCGCGCUCCUGCUGCUCGCGCGGCUGCUUCUGCGCCGCCGGCGCUGGCGGCGACGUGGCGAGCCUCCCCUGGACGUGGGCCGGGCCCCAUGGCUGGGCCACACCCUGGAGUUCGGGAAGGACCCUGCCCGCUUCCUGAGCAGGAUGAAGGAGAAGCAUGGGGACAUCUUCACGGUGCUGGUGGGAGGCAGGUACGUCUCUGUGCUCCUGGACCCCCACUCCUACGACUCGGUGGUGUGGGAGCCGCGCAGCAGACUGGACUUCCAGCCCUACGCCCUCCUCCUCAUGGAGCGGAUCUUCGACGUGCAGCUUCCGCAUCAUGAACCCGGCGAGGAGAAGGCCAAGCUGAAGCCGACGCUGCUCCACAAGGACCUGCAGGCGCUCACCGAGGCCGUGGACACCAACCUCCGGACCAUCCUGCUGGGCGACGCGGCGGAGGCGGGCGGCGGCUGGCACGAGACGGGCCUGUUUGAGUUCUGCUAUGGCAUCCUGCUCCGGGCCGGCUACCUGACGCUGUACGGAGUGGAGGAGGUGCCCCGCACGCCCGGGAGCCAGGCCCAGGACCGGGCCCAUUCGGCCGACGUCUUCCGCACCUUCCGGGAGCUCGACAAGCUGCUUCCCAGACUGGCCCACGGCACCCUGUCACUAGAGGAGCUCGAGCAAGUGGGCAAGGUCAAAGCUCGCCUGUGGAGUCUGCUGUCCCCGGCGCGGCUGGCCGGCCGCGCGCACCGGAGCGCGUGGCUCGAGAGCUACCUGCUGUUCCUGGAGGAGCUGGGCGUGUCGGAGCAGAUGCAGGCGCGGGCGCUGCUGCUGCAGCUCUGGGCCACGCAGGGGAACAUGGGUCCCGCUGCCUUCUGGCUGCUGCUCUUCCUGCUCAGGACCCCCGAGGCACUGUCUGCAGUUCGUGAAGAACUCGAGAGCGCCAUGGAGCCCCCGGAGAAGCCCGCCUUCCCACAGAAGGUUCUAGAUAGCUUGCCUGUGCUCGACAGCGCCUUGAGUGAGAGCCUCCGGCUCACCGCCGCGCCCUUCAUCACCCGCGAGGUGGUGGCAGACCUGGCCCUGUCCCUGGCAGACGGGCGCCAGUUCCGCCUUCGGCGUGGGGACCGGCUCCUCCUCUUCCCCUUCCUGAGUCCCCAGAAGGACCUGGAAAUCUACCCGGACCCAGAGGAAUUUAAAUACAACCGAUUCUUGAACCCUGACGGCUCAGAGAAGAAAGAUUUCUACAAGGGCGGGAAGCGACUGAAGAAUUACAGCCUGCCGUGGGGCGCAGGGCACAACCAGUGCUUGGGGAAGGGCUUUGCCGUCAGCAGCAUCAAACAGUUUAUGGUCCUUGCGCUGACCCACCUGGACCUGGAGCUCCUGGCCCCAGACGAGGGGCUCCCCGCGUUUGACCCCAGCAGGUACGGCUUUGGUCUGCUGCAGCCUGCCCACGACGUGCGCGUCCGUUACCGCCUGCGGCCCUGAGUCCUGGAGUGGGCGUUGGCACCCGCCGCUCCGGUCAGCCCGACCCCCCAAGCUCCCAACGCUCUGUGUCUGCUUCUGGGGGUGCAGCUCUGCCCCCCAGCUCUGCCCGCAGGCCCUCCUUCCUCCUUUCUCCCCUCGGGGAGGGAAGGGGGGACGAGGGGCGUGUCAGUAGGGAAGGCUCCAGAAGCUCCGGGGCAGCUUGCAAAGGGCUCUGGCUCUGGCUCCACUUCUCCUCUCUGCCCCCCACAGCUUCCCUGUGCCCCCAGUGCCCAGAGAGCCCGGUGCCCCGCUCUAGCUCCGAUGGUCUGAGGGACGCUGGCCUUUGGGACCAGUACCCCCCUGAUACAAGCUCAGCCCUCCAGGCUUAGGUCAGCUCCAGGUGGCCACGGCACCUGCUCCCUGGGUGCCCCUCACCGGGCACUGCUCGUCUGGGGAAAUGCCGGCUGGCACACGCCAGGUGCACAAGGCGCUCCCUGCCCCCCACAGCGGCUGGCAAGAGCAGGGCAGCUCCCAGAGCCCCGGAUCCCCAGGGGGGUUUCCCAGGGCUGAGCUGCCUGGAGGCAGGAAGCGGUGGGACUUCAAGGGACAGGGGGAGAGGGGCCUUGGUGCCCACUGCAGUUCAGAGCUCGCCGCGGGCACCAUCCAGUCCGCAGCGGCUUUGUUACACUUUCGAUUAAAAAGAAAAACAACACGCCCAUCCGUUGCUGUUGUCUCGUCGUGGGGAGCCUGGGUGGGCGCCCACCCAGGCAGUCAGCAGUGGCCUUACUGGUGUGUAUUCCCAGACACCUGGAGCUGAGGCAUCCCCCCCUCCCCGCCCGACCCCCGGGUCCCCUCUGCCCCUUCACCCGCCUCCUGGCACGGGGAGACACUGCAGUCUGAGAUGCCCCCUUAGAUGCAGAAGGGGAGAUGGUCCCCUCACCUGGGGACAGCCUGUCCUGGGAACCGCAGCUUGGUGGUGAGGUCUGGACUCUGCAUCCCUGAGGGAGAAGCCGCCACUCAGGGGCUACUGAUCUCCUGGAUCCCUCAGUCCUGUGUGACGACAUGGCCCCAGGGUCCGGCAGAACUGACUCCAGCCGCACCCUGUGUCUGGGAAUGAGGGAUGGUGAUGCCCUCCUCCCAGAGAGGAGCAGAGAGAAAGGCUGAGAUUGCACAGAGGACUAGAGAGGGCAAGUCACUUGGCCAAGGUCACACAGCUCUGUAUCCAGCAGACAGACACACCACUCCAGUAGCGAGGGCUGGCGGGCAGCUUUGCAAGCCUUGGACACAAAGGGCGGAGGUGGGUGGAGGGGAAGUUGUGUUUGGUGUCAGAGAGCUGACAGAGCCAGAGGCACCUGUGGGGGGUGAUCGCACCCCUACAUGCACGCACACAUGCUCACAUGCACAGUACUCACAUACACACAUGCUCACACGCAUGCAUACACACGCAUGCCCACGUGCACCGUACUCACAUACAUGCUCACACACAUGUGUACACAUGCAGACACGCACAGCACUCAUAUAUACAUGCAUACCAUGCUCACAUGUAUAAACAAACAUAUCUGCUUACAUGCACACAGUUACAUACACAUAUCUGCACACAGUUGCUCACAUAUGUAUACACAUACAUGCAUACACACAUGCUCACGUACCUGCUUACAUAUACAUACACACAUGCUUACAGACAUACAUGUACCUGCAUACACACAUGCACACAUGGUCACACAUGCACAUAUGUCCACACACAUACAAUUGCUCCCUUGUACACGCACAUACAUGCACUCACAUAUACAUACAUGCACACUUAUAUGCAUACAUACAUACUCGCGUACACACAGACAUGUAUGCUUACAAAUAGACACAGUCAAAUAAAUACACUUUCAGAUACAAACACACACCACUACAGACACAGACAAUCACAUGCAGCACAGACUCUCCUCGAUACACCCCCAACCAUAUACAUGGACACAUGCACACACAUGCACACGCACACACUCACACACACAGGUCCUCGUGUCUCUUGCUGGAGGAGGAGAGGGGAAUGGAGCUCUGCAGAGUUCCAGCUAAUCUCCUCAGAGCAGCAGCGCUGGGGGCUGGGGUCUUCCCUGGCCCUGAGCCUCCAGGCACCCCCCAGGAUUCCCAGACAGACACUGUGAUUGGCAGGAGGCGGGAUAUCCCCAGGGAAACCCAUCUUCACGCCUGGGUGACCCCCACUCCUGCCUGCUUCUUAACUCGGCAGGAAAUCUGGGCUGGCAGCCUCCGGUGGGAGGAAGGAGCCGGUUUCCAUGGCAACCCUCAGCCGCCUCCUCCCGGCUGGGAAGACAAGGCAGAAGGGCGCAGAAAUAGCUUCAGGAAGAUGGGGUGUGCCGGGGGGAGUCCUCUGACAUUCCCCUUCUGAAUCAGGGCUCCGUUGCCACCGAGACUGGAUUCUCAAUGGCGUUCAGAACGGGGCCAGAUCCCUUAAAGGGGCGCAUCCGUGCUGCCCCCCCCGCUUUCAAAGGAGCAGGUCCCAGCUGGCGGCUCCAGCUGGUGCGGUAGAAGCUACAGCAGCCUCCCUGGGUCUCAUCCUCAUUGUUGUUCUUCUCUUUGAAAAACGCCAAAGCCCCAGCCCAGAGAGGGCCAGGGGGGCUCUUCCCCCAGCUGAGCUGGGAAGACGGGGCCUCCCUCGGCCAGCACGAGACCCCCCACACAGGAAGACCCUCCCCGUGGGCUCACAGGCUUGCACGUCCUGGGAAAGACGUGCUUAGCUGAACCUGAUGAAGCACGUCCUGAGCACGCCGAUGAUUUAAGUGUGAGAUUUGGUGUGUGGCCCUUCACCAGAUC